AUGGACCCGGUGCUGCUGGAACGGGAACGGGUCCUGUUCCGGUUGAACGAAGAAAUAAACGCCAAGUCACGGGGACUGUUCGAGCUGAACGAGAACGUCAGCUGGAUGACGACGAAGCGCCGUUUGCGCCACGGUAUGAAGAAGCUCAACAACGGGGUGGCGGCGGUGGCCGUCGAAGAGAGCCCGUCGUCUACCGAGACGGUGACGGAGCGGGAGACCGAGCGGGCCACGACGGACGACGAACCGGAACAGGAAGGAACGGGCGACGAUCGGAGGUCGGCGAUCGGGUUCUUUGCCACGGUGGUGAGCGAGAGCGAGCAGGAGCGCUCGCUGGCCGGUGAACAACCGGCCACGACGACGACCCUCACCGAGAUCCGGUGCGACGCGAUCCAAGAAGAGCAGCACCUUCGCAGCGGCACCAACAACCUUCAGCUGCAGCAACAACAGCAACUUCAGCUGGUGAAGGUCACGACCGUCUCCGUGGAGCAACGGAAGGUAACAGCCGGCGGGGGGCAACGAGUCACCGGUGGUGGUGGUGGAGGUGGCGGCCCACCCGGAAACGGGACGCUCGUUGCCAGCAAGUCGGUGACGUCAUCGGCACGGAAUUUAAGCAAAAACAUGGCCGACGUCGUACCGAAGGUGCUCGAGAAGAAGAACAUCAGCACCGAGGGGUUGAUCAAAUUCCUCAAGUCGAAGGCCGCCAUCCUGCAGACGGAGAUGGAGUCGAGCCAGAAGCAGAACGAGGCUAAUGUCAAGGAUUUACAUCUGGCACUGGAUAGCCUGAAGCAAUUGGAGGCGCUAAAGGAGCAGCUACUGACGAAGAACGGGGCUCUCGAGCGGACGGUGAAAAAGUUCGAGGAACGUAACCUGGAGCUGGACAAACUGCUGAAGGAGAAGGACGUCCAGCUUAACCACGCGGCGAAGGAGCUGUACGCGGCCCGAUCGGAGAUACGGAAUCUGGCGCAGAUCAACCAGACGCAGGAGAAGCGGCUGUACAAGGCGCACGAGGAGGCCGAGAAUCUGCGCAUCAAGCUGAACAUCGCGAACGACUCGGAGAAGGAAACACGGGACGGUGCCCGCCAGGAGCGGAUAACGUACGAGAAGCAGAUCAAACAGCUACGCAAGCAGCGCACCGAGGUGCUGGCCGACUACAAGAAGCUGCUGCUGAGCGUCGACCAGCUGAAAAAGCAGAACUUCAACCAGGAGCAGUCGAAGCUGAUCAACGACUUCGAGAAGGACUACUUCCGCCACCUGGAGGACCCAUCGCUCGGCAUCCCGUCACCCACGACGAUUUAG